AUGGCCUCAGACAGUUUUCAGUUCCCCGCCUGGCAGCAGCAUCCCAAUCGCCCACACGAGUUCCUGUCGCCACAGACUCCCUCUCGGCGAUGGAGUCACUCCGCCUUGGCCCGCUGGCGGUGCACGACGACGUCAGCGAGGAGAUUUGUACCGUGCAGCUUUCACUGGCAGAUCGAGGUCACACAGCUGGCUCUACAUUUUCCCAUGACACUGCGGAAUCCCACGCAACGUGACAGCGGACGCCGACGCCGUCAGGCCACGAUCCCUCUCGCAGGACUGCGUCAAUGCCUGGCACGCGGACUUCCUUACCGCCGUCAAGAGGUUAUAAUGGAAGGAUGUCCAGGAGGAAAAGGAAGCCGCGCACACCGCGUGAGAGGCGCCUGUCGGUGUGGCGAGGACUCUAUUCCUGGUGUUGACCCGGACAUCGGUCCCCGAGUGGCGGCACUGCGCACAGGCGCGAUGCGACUCCUGCCCACUCUUCGACAGGCCUGCACGCGCCCUGCAGAUCACAAGGAACCCUCUGUGUCGGUGGUGCCGUCCCUCCCUCACUCCAGUGACCGGCCCGCCUCUGCCUCCGCUGGAACCUCUUCCCGACGUGAGCACCGCGACUCCUUGCCGACCGGCGAGCGGCGGAUUGACGUCCUCCUGCCCACUCUUCGGCUGACCGGCACGUGCCCUGCAGAUCACAAGCAACCCUUUAUGUCGGUGGUGCCGCCCCUUCCUCUCACUGAAGAUGCAGGACCGCCCCGACCUCCUCCAGAACCUCCACCUGGCGUGUCCACGGCACCUCCUCGUAGAACGACGAGCAGCAGAUCAACGUCGUCCUGCCCAAGCUGCAGCAGCGUCUUCUCGUCCGUCCACAAUAUGAAGGCACACGCCCGACGCACUAACCCUGGCACUCCAAUCGUUGCAGAAGGCCUCGCAUGUGGAUCCCGCAACAGCUCCACGGUCUCCCCAACAAGUGCCUCACGCGCAGGUCAUUACCGAAAAUGUCAAGCGUGUCGACGAGCAAAAAACGGACAACGCACCUCUGCAAGCUCCAAUGACAGCCGUAGCGCUUCAGCCACUCCUCUGCUGCAAGCCCCACCAGCCGCUGAGCCGCCGACAAUCCACGGGAGGCCCUGCCGCACACGCUGUGGGAAUGCCGCCGUCCUCUACAACUGA